AUGGCACCUGGUCUCCCGCUGAAAGGCAUGCGCCGGACACUUUCUAUCAUGAAGCGUCCAAGACACACUCCGUUCGAUGAGAAAGGAGAUUCUACCAAUCAGGAUGGCAGAGGAACGAUAUCCAAAACUCCAACGCAGCAGACUGGGGGACAAAACCAAGGCGUAGAGACCCGUACCCUCGAGCACCAGACCACAGCCCGGCAAGGUAGCACCUCUUGCGCAAAUUCAGAGGGGCGGCUCCGUGCGUUAAGUGCACUCUAUCGGUCUGAAUUGGAGGAUUCAAGGGACGACACCAACAUUGCCACCGAAGAGGAAGUGGAAUGUAUAAAUGAGCAGUUGCCGGAAUGCUUCUGUCUUCGGUGUUAUGGCGAUUGUCGGAAUUGUUUGAAGAAGGAAGAGGUUUAUGACGGAGGUGAUGUCGGUCUUACAUGA